UUUAUUCCGGAGAAGUCUCAUCUUCUUCACAUCAUCUGUUCAUAGAUCUAUUUUUCUUUGUUACAGUACUGUUUCAAUUCGCUGACGAUGGCAUCAACUACUACUACACGCACAAGUGCUGUGCUGGAAACUUCCACCAACGAGGCAGUGGCUGCGGAGCCGCUGGAUGAAGAGGCUUUGAUCGCAGAAGAAGCAACUGACACCCUUGAAUUGCCCACGGUCCAACUGAGUGCUCUUGACGAGGAACACGGAUUGGUGCAAGGGGACGUUGGAUCUGUCGUCGCUGUUGCAGAGAACAUUGUCACGUCCUCUCGGGAUCUAGAAGUGUAUGGCGGCCAGAGCACGAGACAAAUAGACUUUUCCAACGUCCGCGCCGAGUUCAUAUCCGUGACAUUCUACAAAGCAAGACGAGACGAUUUAUUGGGCGUUACAUUCGAUCCGAAAGCUAUGGACAUCAGAAUCACAGGAAUUGUGGAUAAUUCCUUGGCCAGUGAUUCUCCACUGCGAGUUGGGGACAGGGUUCUCUCGGUGGAUUCCAAGGAUUGCGCAAACGACAAAAUGAAUGGUGAAGGAGUGGCGAGGAUUCUGCAAAGGGCUACUGGAAAUGUAACUUUGGUCCUCCACAAUGCGGGGGGCGAUGCCGACCUCGUUGAAAGCAUGAUCAUGAAGUCCAACAAAGACGAAAAGAUCGGACUCUCCUUAAAAGCAGACCACUCUCUUACUUCUGUCCUUGUGUCCGAUAUCAAGGAUGGGUCCAAAUUCGCCAAUUCACUUCUCAAUGCCGGGGAUGUUGUAAUGACGGUCAAUGGGAAUACUGCAGGGCAUUUGGGACCCGAAGCAGCCGCCGACAUGAUCCGAACAAGCCCCUCACGAGUCACAAUCCUGGCCAAAACAUUGCGUGACACAGGAGUCGUCGUGGCACAAUUAUCCGACCGUCAUGUGCUAAAUUCCUCCCAACCCAUUCUUAGAGGCGACGCAGUGAAUACCCGCAACAGUACAAUCAACAGCAGAGUUCGACCAGCAUCAGCUGCCAUGCCCUCUACGGCGGAAGACGACGAGGACAAAACGAAAAUCUUGGCCCGAACCAUAACGUGCGUCAUCGUGUUUGUCAUUGUUAUUGCUGUUGCGGGCAGUACCAUGGGUGGUGUGAUGGCGUGAUCCACAAAACGACGACAACAAUUAAUUCAUCCAAUCAACAAAACUAUUGCUCGAGUCUGAAAGUGCACGUGAACUCACAUGACAGCCUGAAAUCACCGCCCAAAAGGAUUUUCCAAUUAAAGUUUGCUACCUGACUGGAUAGGGGGUGCAACAAGCCCAACCUGUAAAUCAAAUGUAGGAAUGCUUCAUUUUCGUUGUAAGCUCUGAGCGCUCGCUGGGGCACAGCGACGGCGACCAGUUUGGUGCUGGGGCUCUUCGUCAGGAGAGAGUCGAGUCUUGGUCCUGGUGUUCGUCCGAGUGCAGGUGCCGGCUAAUGCAUGGACAGGUUGGGACCCAGAGCAAAAGAAUGUUAGAUGUUUUGGAUAUGUGGCCGGUUGGCCAAUGUGGAUAGACAUAAUGUUCAGAGCUAGUGUUUGGUGAACCCAUCUUUUGGAGACUGAUAGAUGACAGAUGCGACUUGCUGGCAAUAGGUGGAGAGAAGUGCUUGGUACAGUAGCAUGUGGGAGCAGAUUGAAGUUGGUUAAAGAAAGUUGUGGAAAUGGGGGAAGGUUGUUGUGGCUGCCAAGAUGUUGGCCCACGGCGGUGGGGUAGAGGAAGGUGUUUCGUGCUUCAGAGGAAUGAUGUUUGGGCUAGGUUGCCGGCCAAGACCUGAGAAGGGGUCAACGGUUGUAAAUGGUAAGAGAAUGAGUCCAGCUUUAAAAUAGCAGCAUGGAAGUAGCCUUGGGGGAUUGGUUUUUUGGUUGCUAGCUGGCUUCUCCCUAUCGUAGCCAGUAAUUCCUUGGAGAUAGCUAGCUACAGUUGAUACCGGUAGUACCGCUCUCAGUCUGAAUGCCGCUCCAUGUUUGGGCAGCCUUUGGAAGCAUACGAUACCGUACCGUACUAUUAGCGUAUGUCGUGUUGUGGAUGCACACGAGAACGAGUACGUCAUCGAUCUUUUCGAUCAUGCAUGCUGAGCAAGUUGCACA